AUGACCAGCUCUGUACCCAUGUCCUCAAGCCUUGAGAGCCCCGAGACACUUUCUCGUCUCAAUGCUACUAUAAUGGGUCAACGAAACCCUCGUGGGAUUCCUUCUGCUGUCUUUGUAGAUUCUGUGGACUCAUUCCUGGCCGCCUGUGGCGUUACGACCAUUGAACCACUUGUAGGGGCAUUACAGCAAAUGUAUAGCAAGUAUAAAUUUAUGGAGACGAGUCUACAGAAGAAUCGAGAGACUUUCAAGCGCAAGAUUCCGGACACACAAAAAGAUCUUGACAUGGUGCGACACUUGAUUACUAAACGUGACGAGGAGGAGAUACUCCAUAUGAAAUUCAACUUGGCCGACAAUGUGUAUGCCAAGGCAGCAAUAAAUUGCUCCGUGGGUAAAGUCUGUAUCUGGCUGGGUGCUCAAGUUAUGGUGGAAUAUUCGUACGAAGAAGCCCAGGAGCUUCUGGAGAAGAAUGUGGCUUUGGCUACAGAGAAAUUAGCUCAGAUAGAGGAGGAUUUGUCGUUCUUACGUGACUCGAUCAUUACGACUGAAGUGAAUAUUGCACGUAUUUUUAAUUACGAUGUGCGCCGUCGUCGCCAGGAAAAGGACGAGAAACUCGUUGCUGAGCUCGAGGCCAAGUGA